AUGGUCCUGGGCCUGUCCCCGCUCGGCGCGUUCGUCACUUGGCGCGAGCGUAAGCGCGCUCGACCGGGGCUGGAAGCUAUUGCAGGAGGGGUUGGAGAGGCUGUGAACAGCGUCAAGACCAGCAACACCACCACGAACUCGGGCCAGCCUCUGCCCGCGCUUGCGUGUGUCGAAGCACCGUCGCUCGGUAUCCCCAGCAUCAUGGUCACUCCGUCUCCGUCCCCGACUCCUCCGCCAUCGCACCCACACACGCCGGUGAUGGCGGCCUGCGUGCCCGCAAACGACGACGACGACGUGUCGCCGGUAUCGCUGGCAUGUUCCCAGCCGCCUUCCACUCCAUGCCGGCCAUGGAAUGCCGACUCUGACAAUUGCCAUGACCCCAACGAACCCCCCUCCCCAACGUCCACCGCGUCAAGCGACACGUUCGAGUCCGCCGUGGACGCCGACACUAGUGAGCACACUCGGCCCGCGCUCGCGCUCGCGCACGCGGCCGUCAUCGCCCUCACCCUCGCCCUCGCCCUCGCUCUCGCUCUCGCUCUCGCCCUCGCUGCUCCGCCCCCGGCCCGGGAUCCGGCGCACCCCGUCCUCGCCGACCAUCUCCUUCAGCUCCCUGUCGCCCGGGUCGCGGCCGCCGCUGCGGCGCGCGCCGUCGUCGCCGACACUCUCUUUCUCGCCCAGCGUCUCCGGGAUGUCGGUGCUCGCACCCAGCCUCGGUCCCAGCCUCAGCCCCAGCGUCGCGCUCCGACGUUCCCCGUCGACCCUCCGGCGCGUCGCGUCCGCGGCGUCGCUGGCGUCCCUGCGUCUCCCGCGCGCCGCGUCCCCGGCGCCGGCCCCCGCGCCCGAGGUCAGCUUUGGGCGCGUGGUGGUGGUGUCGUCGCGUGGGAGUCGUUGCUGGCCAACUGGACUGAGUCCGCCAACGAGAUGGUGCUCGACGAGGACGUCGGCGCAGUGCAGCUGUGCAUCACCUUUCUCUCCACCUCGUCCCCGCCCCUCCUGGCACCCGGCACCACGUCGCCGUCCCCGUCGGACACGGCCGGCGCGUGGGCGCGACGGCUCCGCAGGCCCGGCACGAGCGACGACGCAAGCGGGACUCUGACGCGCCCCGCCGCGCCGGCGCGAUACACCGCCGCGGACCUGCUGGCCAUCGCCGGUAUGUUUGAGCGGCACGGGAUGCGUGCGCACGUCUGCACCAUGCUCACGGCGCACGUCGACGCACACGCUGGCGGGCUGUACGCGCGCGCCGCGCUCGGCGGGUGGGAGGCGGGCGAGGACGUGCUGCGGCUGGCCGUGGCGAGCCGCAGCGUAAAGCUCAUGCGGCGCGUGCUGGACCUCGACAGCGGGCUGGGCGGGGCCAUGACCACGAUGGCGGCGGCGGACAACACACCCCUGCGGCGGCCCUCGCUUGCCGGCGCGUUCGCGCUCGCGACGCCGACGCAGACCCUCCGCCGUGCGUCGUCGGCGGGGCUACUCACCAAAGUAGACUCGCCCGCGUCCUCGCUGCGCGCGCCCGCGCUCCUGCGUCCCCGCCGGUCGAUCCCGUUUCUCGGCAGGUUCUACGACAAGUCGUUUGGCCAGCGGAUUUCCGACUUGAUUUAUUUCGUCGAGCGCGCCCGCGCCCAGUGUGCUGCGGCCAGUAGCCCCGAUGGGGAGGGGAUUGCGCACCUGCAAGUGGCGUUUCCGGACGAGCCCAACGUGGUGUGGUUUUACUGGCGGGGCGACGAGGACAACGUGGUCCCGAUCCACGUCGAGCUGUAG